GGCUCGGUGUGAGGUGUUGCAGAGCGGCGUUGACUCGGUGGUGGAUGGAUGAUGUGGCGCGGACUAUAUUGUGCAUGAAGAGGGGGCGGAGGAAUCUGUGACAGUAGAGGAGGAGGCGGCGGAGGGAUACGCGUUGCCUCUUCGCUGACUCUCGUAGGGAAGCCAUGAUGGGAGCUUGAGCGUGUGACGGCGGAGACAUGAGACGCGGCAGGCGGGUUCCUGCACCGACCACCCCGGUCCCCCUAGCCGUAUAGUGACACCCUCCCGGAGAAGGCUUGACACGAAGGGAUUAAAGCGCUGGCCAUUGCAGGAAGGACCCGCGGAUUGACACCCCCCCCCCCUCCUCGGAGGAUCACGACACCACCGAGCAGUGGAGAGGAGGGUGGAGGGGAUACCCCGGACCUGGACUUGGUUGUCCCGAGUGACGCUCCGUAGAGUGACGGGGCAGUCGGCCCAUUGUUGGAUAUACGGUGACUGAGGUGUACGAGUCGGCCCCCGGACUAGGCCGCAUCCCCUCCCCCUUUCCCUUUCCCCCCUCCCCUCUUCCCUCCCGGCCGGACUCUGGCCUCCCCCGGCAGCCCCCGGAGCGGCCGCAGCAGCAGCCGGAGGAGGAGGGGGCGCAGAGGGGAGCCCCAGGAGGCUGACCCCCGAUCUGGGCCCAUAGCGGGCCCUCACCAACUCUCAGCCCCCCUCUCCUCCUUCUUCCCCACCCCGCGGCUCCCCGACAUGACAGCCAUCAUCAAGGAGUUCGUCAGCAGGAACAAAAGGCGAUACCAGGAGGAUGGAUUCGACUUGGACUUGACCUAUAUUUAUCCAAAUAUAAUUGCUAUGGGAUUUCCAGCAGAAAGACUUGAAGGUGUAUACCGAAACAAUAUAGACGAUGUUGUAAGGUUUUUGGAUUCCAAGCAUAAAAACCAUUACAAAAUCUACAAUCUAUGUGCUGAAAGACAUUAUGAUACCAACAAAUUUAGCUGCAGAGUUGCACAGUAUCCUUUUGAAGACCACAAUCCACCACAGUUAGAGCUAAUCAAACCAUUUUGUGAAGAUCUUGACCAAUGGCUAAGUGAAAAUGAUAAUGUAGCAGCAAUCCACUGUAAAGCAGGCAAAGGUCGUACAGGAGUCAUGAUUUGUGCUUAUUUGCUACAUCGAGGCAGUUUUCUAAAAGCACAAGAGGCUAGAUUUUAAGGAGAAGUUCGGACCAGGGACAAAAAGGGUGUGACAAUUCCCAGCCAAAGGCGCUACGUAUAUUACUACAGCUACUUGUUAAAGAAUCAUUUGGAUUACAGACCAGUGGCACUUCUAUUUCACAAGAUGAUGUUUGAAACAAUUCCAAUGUUCAGCGGUGGAACAUGCAAUCCCCAGUUUGUUAUCUAUCAGCUGAAGGUUAAGAUAUUUACAUCCUCUACAGGACCCACAAGACGUGAGGAGAAAUACAUGUAUUUUGACUUCCCGCAGGCUCUUCCUGUUUGUGGAGAUAUAAAGGUUGAGUUUUUCCACAAACAGAACAAGAUGAUGAAAAAGGAAAAAAUGUUUCAUUUUUGGAUAAAUACAUUCUUCAUACCUGGUCCCGAAGAGUAUUCAGACAAAGUAGAGAAUGGAACGUUACUUGGCGAGCAGGAACUUGAUGGUAUCAAAAGCACGGAACGUUCAGAUAAUGACAAGGAAUAUCUUACUCUCUCAUUAACAAAGAACGACCUAGAUAAAGCUAAUAAAGACAAGGCCAACAGAUACUUCUCCCCAAACUUCAAAGUAAAGCUAUUUUUCACUAAAACCGUAGAAGAAUCUUCAAAUUCAGAAGCAAGUAGCUCAACUUCAGUAACACCGGAUGUUAGUGACAAUGAACCUGAUCAUUAUCGAUACUCUGACACCACUGACUCUGAUCCAGAGAAUGAACCUUUUGAUGAAGAUCAGAUUACAAAAGUCUGAGUUUUUUUUUUUUUAAUCGAGGGAAUUAAAACCACAGAAAGACAAACUUGAAUAAACUGAUAAAGGACCUUUUUAAAUGGCAAAUUGCGUUGUCAGACUACCAGUUAUAGGAGCAAUUUUUUUUUUUUUUUUUUUUUUUUUCCUUGACCAAUAUUUUUUUGCCCAGUAGGGUUUUUGGCACUGUUGUCCAAUGGAAUGAGGAAAAAGGAGAGGAAAAAAAAGGAAAAAGCAAAGUACAAAAAAGAAGAAAAGCUUACGUAACAAUGUUAUGUAAAUAUCCUUUUUGUGUCAAAAGGACAUUUAAAUCUUAAUUAGGAUAAAUAAAGAUGGCACUUUCCCAUUUUAUUCCAGUUUUUUAUGUUUGUUUUUUGUUAACCCCCCUUCCCAAAAGUGGAGCUGUGUAUACAUAGGACCCCUUCCCCCUUUUUUAUUUUUUGUUUUGUCACAAAGUGAAGUUUAUAAUGUGCUUUUGUGAAAUACUAGGUUCACCUCCUGCCUCUUCACAGCCAGUGUGGCAACAGUUCUAUUUUUCAAUUGGCUAUAGAAUGUUCAAGGGUUAUUUCCAUGUACGUAUGUUUAUUCAAUGCGGUGGAGAAUUUUAAUAUUUAAAGCUGAAUCUCUUACCAGCUGGAUUCAUGUACCAUCUCAAGCUUUUUUACAUGCUCCUUUUUUUCUUUGUUUUGCGUGCUGCAGUAAUCCUGAACAUAUAAGGAAUUGUCCACUGUCGCUGCUUUUAUUUGUGUAUUUUUUUUUUUUUUUUUUGCAUAAUGGUGCUAGAAAAGGCAGCUGUAGGGAGUGGUUCUUUUUUAUAGAGGUACAGGAUUGAACCAUCCAGGCCAUCAUGAGAGGACCCACAUGUGUGAAAAUCUCCCACAAGUUAGCAUGGUCUCAAACGUCCUAGAACUUGGUAGUUCUCUAAAUAAAUGUUAAGGUUAGCUGCCCAUGGUGACAUUUUACCAGUUUUAUUUCAAAGAAGUAAACAAGCAAUGAAUUUAAGUUCUGCAAUUCUACAUCUUUAUGCCAAACAGAUGCACUGAUGGUUCAUCCCAUGUGCCAGUGCUGAAAAGUUUGUGGGGUUUUCUUUUGGAGAUAUUAACCAUCUGUAUGCCAGGGGGAUUCUUUCAAAGCACAUUCAUGCUCCUUUAUGAAUGCUAUUGCAAGUGGAGGUCGUGGCCAUAGUAGCCAGAUUCCAGUUGUCAUUUUUAUAGUGCCGCUUUUAAAAAUAAGAGCAAGCAUUUAGUUGUAGACACCACAUCCGGCUUUUCUUGUGUCCAGUUUUAUACAUCAGCUCGGGUAUGUUUAAAGACCACUUGGGCUCAUAAUGGUUAAUCAUAAAGGUCUAAUUAUUGCAUUCUUUUUUUUUUUUUUUUCUUCCCCCCCACCAGUCAUAUAACUUUUGUGAAUGCUUAAAGUGCUGCCUGCAAGUUUCUGCUAUAGGUUUUGUCCCCUGCCCUCCAUCAAAUAUAAACUAUUUUAACAGUGCACAGGAAAUAGCCACGUUCAGUUCUAACAGAUCUAUACAAAACAUCAUGCGUUUAUUUAAUUGUGUAGCUGUCAGCAAAUCCACCCUUUUUGAUCGUACACAUUCUAUUACAAUGAGUUUUGCAGUUUUGCACACUUUUUAUGUCAUUAACUGUUAGGGAAUUUUACUUGAAGAAUGUUUAGUAGCUUCAUUGUCUUUUUUUUAUAUAGAUAUAUAUUUGUUUUUUUUUUAUUUACAUUACACAUGGUUAUGAAGUCAGUGUUGCUUUAAAAGUUUCAACACGGCACAAAUAUAAGAUGGUGUAUAUCAAAAUUAUAAUGCGUCCCAAAUACUCUAUAUAGUUUGAUUGCUAUCUAUUACAAUGAGAUCUUUGAACUGGCAGUGUUGUGUCACUGGUCACAGGUAUUGUGGUCUGGUAUUCCACUUUUACAUUUUUUAUUUUUUUUGCCAGACUGCAGAAUUCUUUUUUUUUUUUUUUUCCUCUCCAAUUUCCAGUUUCAAGCUCCAGUUCAAAUGCUAAAAAAAUAUCUUUUUGUGAAAAUACAUUUCAUGACAGUGUAAAAUCCCAUUUUAAAUAGUUUGUUUAUCUGAUGACCUACUUAACAUUGGAAACUGUAAUUCAAGUAUUUGGAAGGAAUUUUUUCCCCCCUUAGAUUGAGAAGCCAGUGUUAUUCAUGACUGUCAGAAAAUAGUUUAAAAGAUUGGAGGGCUGAGUUUUGGACCUACAUGUGCAUAUAAAUCAGUGUCUUCUUGAACCAAACACCUCUUUCCACUUAUGGGUUGAUUUAAAUAUUUUGAUUCUUAAAGAUUAGAUCAAAACACUUUUCAAUUUCUCGAUUGUAUCAGAAAAUAUACUGAAUGGCUGUAUCCAAUUUGUGCAGGGUUUUUUUUUUUUUUUUUUUACUUAAAUAUCCACACCUUUGCCUUUUUAGUAUGGUGGUGGAUAUAGAGCUCAAUUUUUUUUUCACUUUUAAAAUGUAUGCACCCCUUUCCAGAAGUGGUCUUUUUUUUUUGCCCCUUUAAUGCAACAUUUUAAAAUUUUAAGCUUGCAAUUUUUUUUAAGUCUAUACCAUAAGCAGCCGUUAUUCACAAUUAAAAUGGAAAUAUUUGGCAGUUUCAAUCCCUUUGUUCACAUGCAUUCCCCAAUGCAGCUAAAUGGUAACGACCAUGUUGUACUCCUUAAGGCUAUUGACUACCAAGAGGAAUAUGUUACUUGAAUAAUGGGACUUAACUGCCCUCUAAGAUAAGUGGGUCUCUUGCAUAAAAAUUAAGAGGAGGAGAAAGGGUCUUGCCCUAAGUUACUAGAUCUGUGCUGGAAUAGUUUUUUCAAUUGCUAAAAAGGGAAAGUUGUUAUCCAAUUGGCUGCUCUGAACCAUACCUCUGCUUUUCCCUUCCUCCAUUUUUAUAUGUGAGGCUUUAUUUUUAUGAGGCGGUAUCUUGGCACAUUAUGGUAAAUGACAAUUCUCAGUUAGUAACGGUGGAUCACAUCAGGAUUAAGCACAGUUUGUUUUGACAACUCAGUUUGACGCACUAAAUAUGCUAUACAAUGUUUCGCAACACAGCUGCCUAAUAAUAUUUUAAAAGCACUUUUCAAACUUGAGGACCAACAAUCCGUAAAACCAAGUAUAGAAUGAGUUUCAUAGGUCUUAAUUUCUUACCUAAGAAAUCUAUUUAAAGAGCGUUUAUUGAUGUCCAGGUAGCACUUAAUAAUCUAAAGGUAAAUUAUCCGUUUUGUUUUUUUUGGAUAUUUCGUAUGGCCUCAACAAUUAACGAUAGUUCAGCUCAUUUGUUGCCUUACUGACAUUGCCAGGAGUGAAGACUUGGCAUGGACAAACAGAUUGCACUACCUUGGGGAGUCACCGGUGAUGCAGAUUUUUAUCCUUUUUAUCUAGUACAUAUUUGUUUUCUAUUGCCUCACACCUUUUGUGUUUAGAUAAUUACAGUUUAUCUUGAUUUACAGAAGAGUAAAUCACGCAGCCAAAAUAAUGGGAUUUUGCACUGUUUUUUUUUUUUCUCCCUUUAAAAAAAAUGGAAUCCAUUUUUAAUUUUUAAGAGUAAAGAUAUUUUUGAGAAGCCUCGCUAACAUUUUAUGGUAUAGUCAUCCGAAGUGGGUAAAAAUGGCAUUAUAUAUGUAUAAAUAUAAAAAAAAAAUAUAUAUAUGACAUACUCUUCUAUGCGUUUACUUCAGUUACCAUCCCUCUAUACUUUGACAAGAAUUUUUUUGACUGACUGAUUUGCUCACUCCUUCCAUUUUUCGAAAUAAUUAGUUUUUUUUUUUAAGUUGCCCAUUAUUGAGUUUUUUUUUGUUUACUAUUCAUGAUGGUCCUGAGACAUUAUGGCCUGUAAGUGUGUAGAACUUAUUUUUUUUUUCUCUAGAAUUUAAAGUCAUUGCUUCGGGUAGUGUUGACACACUGUCAGGGCAUGCAGGUCAAUCCAAACACUGAACAAGUAUCCCAGUCCGAUUAUUAUUUUUUUGCCACAGAAAAUAGUUUUGUACAUAGCAUCCAUGGUGUUCUUGUUCUGUGGCACAGGCCAUCAAUUUAAGUGGAGUUUACUGGGGAGAUGGAGAGAUAUAAUAAAUAAUAAAAAAAAAUUAUAUAUAUAUAUAUAUACAUUUUUUUUCCUCUCUCUCUCUCUCCAGUACAUUCCCAUAUAAAUUUGUGCAAUAUGUCUAACGAUGCCUGUGGUUGCCACAAAGUGCCUCGUUUAAAUUUUUUUUUCUCCUUGUUGAAUACUGUUAAACUUGUCAUGCAUGCAAAUGGAAUGGGUGGAACUGUGCACUAUUAAGAGGCUACAACUGGAGAUGGGAAUAUUCUGUCCUUCUUCAUUCUAAGCUCAAAUUUUUGAAAAAUUCCCUGUAAUGUUUUUAUUAUAUAUACUUUUUCUCUCAAUCGGUCAGUCUUCUCUCCGGUUCAGCCUCUUCAGAUACUAUUGUGCUGUGCAGCAGUGGCUCUGUGUGUAAUGCUAUGCACUGAGAAUAUACAACAAAUUACAUGUACAGGAUAAUGCCUCAUACAAAUUCACAUGUCCAUUUGUUAUUGUAUGUGUUAACAUCCCUUUAUCUUAGUGUUAUAAACUCCACUUAAAACCAAUUAAAGUCUCAUUCUUGUCACUG